AGACCCCUAAGUAUGUAAAGUGAAAGCAUCACGGUUGAAGCGGAGCUGAUUUAUAAGAAUCCAACACAUCGGAAAUUAGCUUAAAUUUUUCACCCUGUUUGUUUUUGGUUUUGAUCACUGUCAAUAUGGUGUCUGCAUUAAUAUCAAGAGUUAUUAUGUUAGUGUUUGGAACCUUAUAUCCAGCAUAUAGAUCAUAUAAAGCUAUAAAAAAUAAAGAUGUGAAAGAAUAUGUAAAGUGGAUGAUGUACUGGAUAAUAUUUGCAUUAUUUAUUACAUGCGAAACAUUUGCAGACAUCUUUAUUUCAUGGCUCCCACUGUAUUAUGAAAUAAAAAUAGUUUUCAUUAUUUGGUUGCUAUCUCCUGCAACAAAGGGUUCAAGUAUUCUUUAUAGAAAGUUUGUCCAUCCACGCUUAUUAAAGCAUGAACGGGCCAUUGAUAAGUAUAUAUCAAAAGCUCAAAAAAACAGUUAUGCAACAUUGAUGGACGUUGGACGAAAAGGUCUAAACGUUGCGACAGAUACAUUAGUCAAAACAGCCGUGACGGGUCAAUAUCAGUUUAUUCAAACAAUGAAAAAAUACAACAGUAUGCAAGAACUACGCACUACUGGUGAUGACGUUGAUGCUGGCCAAUCAAAGCGUUCGACAUGGUAUGGUGACAAGAAUAGAGCUAGUGAUCGUAAUUACAAUCCAGAAAAUGAUGUUGAGGUUCUACAAAGACAAUACAGACCUCAAUCGAGAGAAGGUUUUAUUCGAGAAGAGGACAUCUUUGAACGAAAUGAAAUACAGCGUAGUCAAUCAGAUCUGAAUUUGUCACACGAUGCUUUCAGUAGCGACCGACCAAAAAGUGAUCCCAUCAUCAGUGACAGAGUAAAUGACGUAGAUAUUAGCGACGACGUAAAUAUUAGAGACACUAGGCCAGCUUCUUCUGAACCUGUUGAUUACAACUACACAUAUGCUGCCAGUACUUUACCGAGAUCGAGAAAACAAAAGAAACCGAUAUAUGAGACAAUGCCAGCAAACAGAACAUCUAGGCCUCGUCGUACUAACGCUGACAAAAAGACAUACUGACUUCACACCUAACUGACUUUGGGAUAUGAUUACGAUUCGGCAGAUGGCGGUUUAUAUUUGGGUGGUAGAAGUGCGCUAACGGAAAAUUACAGAAGAAGAUACGGUUUACGAUCAUCCACAAGUAAAACCUACUAAUCAGUCAUGUUGAGCAGUGUAGAUAAUUAUAAUCACAACAACACGAGUACCAAGACGCUGGCUACUUCGUGUUGUCGUGAGCACCAAGAGUUAAACUCUUCUAAGCAAGUUAGUUUUAGUUUUUUGUUUAUUUUGAAAAAAAGAUAACGCACCUAGAUAGUUUUUUUAUUAUUAUCACAAUGGGUGUGGUUUUGUAUAACCAUGGGUUUUUUUUAACUUGUUUCAACGUUAAAUUUAUUCAAGAUUUGUAAGCCUAUUGAUAUAUGGUAAGGGAAAUAUUUGCUUUGUUUGUUUGUUGUAAUUAUCACAUGCACCUUUUUUAAUUUAUUUUUAUUAAAUAAAUGAGUAAACGCCGGUACUACGUUGAAUUUAUAUGUGCAAUAGCCGACAAUUCGUAGUAUAACCACCUUUUUUUGUCAAGCGCGUAGUUGAGUAUUAUUUGUCGCUUAAAUUUCAAAUAUGAUGAUAUAUUCCUCAUUGCCAUUUAUAUGACUCUCAAUUUCAGUUACUGUCCUAUUUCGCUUCGGUAUGCUAUUAACAUGACUCUGCUUCUACUACGUUAACAUUUUAGUCUACGUUAACAUUUUAGUCUACGUUAACAUUUUAGUCUACGUUAACAUUUUAGUCUUUUAAAUAACACAGUCUACCUCCUAGUUCAUAUUUAUACAAGUGAAAAGAAACUGGGACCUAGAUUACUUUUCUUUUAAUAAC